UUCACUUACGGAAGCAAGAAAAUGGGUUUCCAGUGAUUUAGUGAUCGGUAAUCAGUGAAAAUGUCUUCUUUAGUAAUUAAUACUAUUCGAAGGCAGUGUCUAAGCCAGUUCCGGGGUCUGUUUCUUCAAAGACCGUCCACAGUUUUGUCGAGAGGAUUACGAGUGUCAUAUGCUGCCGUUACGCAAAGGAACAACACAAUAAAGGAUGAUUUCUCCCUUUUGGAAGCUACCAACAAUCCGGAUCAAUUCGGAACAUUAUCACCCCAGGUGGACGAGCCGGAAACUCUCGAUGAAGGUGAUCUCCGGGAGCAAGAUUUUCUCCAAAACAAACCCUCCACAGCUCAAAAGCUUUCCGUCCGACAGUAUGCGGAUUUGAUAAAGGAUCACUUAAAAAAUAAUCGCAUACGCGAGGCACUUGAUGUGAUCGAGGUGCGAAUGAAGCAGGAUCGAGUGAAACCCGUCAACUACCAUUUUAACCUGUUGAUUGGUGGUUGCGCCCGUGUAGGGUACAGCAAAAAAGCAUUUCAGCUAUACAACAAGAUGAAACAGCACGGAUUGAAGGUGACCGGUGGGACCUACACCUCGCUGUUCAAUUCUUGCGCGAAUUCACCGUUUCUUGGCGAUGGAUUAAACCGAGCAAAUCACCUGCGGGAGGUUAUGCUGGAGAAAGGGUACGAGCCAAACGAGUCGAACUACAAUGCUAUGAUCAAAGCCUACGGGAGAUGUGGGGACCUCAAAACGGCCUUCCAGUUGGUCGAUGAAAUGGUAGCUCGGCGAUUAUCUAUCGGCACGGAUACGUUUAACUUUCUGCUGCAAGCGUGUAUCAGUGAUCAUGAGUAUGGAUUCCGGCAUGCUCUACUGGUAUGGCAUCGGAUGCAUCGAAUGAGAAUACGGCCCGAUCGCUACUCUUUCAAUCUAUUGCUACGCUGCGUACGUGAUUGUCAGCUGGGAGAUUUGGAAACCACGGAGCAAGUGAUAGAACAAAUUUUGAGCGAUAGUAUUGGAAGCAGGAGUCAGGUAAAACUUCCGAUUGCCGAAGAAAACGAGCAACGAACUUCUGAGACAUCUGUGAUGCCACUCCCCGCCAAGGUGGACAGCUCGUCGGAAGUGGUCACCAUCCGGCAAGAACUUAGCGAACGCCUUCGGCAUGAAGGUGCGCCGGAUCUUCUAUCGCCGGUCCCACAUCUAGGAAGCCUGGUUAAGCUUGGCGAGGUACGCAAAUCGGAGGACCGGCUGUUGCUUCUCGGUGGUUCAUCGAAUAUGUUUGCAGAAAUGAAAAGGUGCGGUGUGGAACCGGAUAUACGAACCAUCACGGAGUUGUUGGAUGUUAUUCCUCCGACAUAUGCCGCGGAAAAACAAUUGCUUGCAACGAUCAAGCAACUAAAGAUCCGAUGUGACGUGGACUUUUUCAAUAUCCUAAUCAAGAAACGAUCAAUGCGUUUCGACUAUGAGGGUGCUCGGGAAGUACUAUAUAUGAUCGAAGCAGCAAAUCUCGAACCGGACAUCGUCACAUACGGUGUGCUUGCACUCGGUUGCCAGACGCAGGAGGAAGCGAAAUCGCUGCUAAAAAUGAUGCACGAUGCAGACGUGCGCAUGAAUAUACAAAUUCUUGGUGCCAUGCUGCGCCAGGGCUGUGCCAAAAAGAACUUCCGCUACGUAACGGAAAUUCUCAACAUUGUGCGUCGCGAACGGUUGAAACCGAACGAACAGUUUCUUGGCCAUCUGGAGGCCUUUUCGAAGGUGUGCGAAAAACAAGACCGUGACUAUGACGCGAAACCUCGCAAAAAGGGGCGCGAAGAGUUCAAGAUGGAGUACAACCGGUAUCGCAUGCAGCUGGACGCGUGGCGUGAGCACAUGGGAUUGCAGGGGUUAGCGUUGGAUCAAGCGCUCGGUAUCGUGCGCGAGCAUCCAUGGGAGCAGUUUAAAGAACCACAGGCGGAAGGGUUUGAAAAGACGAAAAAUCCAAAACUUCGUCACAAGCACAAAAGGCAGCAUUCGAUUCGAAAAGUGGAUGUUGAUGCAAUUGUGGACCAGGAGGAAGGCACGAAAGGUGUUGGCUUGGUGCAUUGAAGGAACGCAGUGAAAUAAAAGUAAAAGUGUAGAUCAA